AUGGCCCCCAUCCAGCCCAUGGAGGUGGAGGGCCCAUGGUCGGAGAUGGCUCCCAUAAAUCGCCAGGACGCCUUCCAGGUUCCCAAGCCACAAUCUGUAUUUGGGCCCUUCAAGCAGCGCUGGGGCAUGCUGGUAUUGGGCGGCGGGGCGAUCCUCCUCACGGCCAUCGUACUCCUCUUCCUGACGCUGGGCUCCCGGCAGGGCCCAGCGGAAGCUCAAGGCGGCAAGACCAUUUCCGCUCCUCCACCUCCCGUCGCCCCUUCCUUCUCCUGCGAAGAUGCGGCGGCAGGCGAGCCCUGGGACUGGGCAACGCCCACCGCCUACAACCUGACGCUCAAAUUGGAAGCAGGGCACUUCGACGGCGGCGUCGACGCCCCCAACCACCCCCGCUUCAACGCCAGCGCAAGCAUCGCCUGGCGCGGGGCCGCGCCUGCGCUGACCUUCGAGUACACGGGGGUCAUGGGCGCCGGCGCGGGCCUGCACCGGUCUCAAGCCUUUGCCGCGGAGUGCGUUGCGCCGGGGACGAGCGACCGCGCGCCCUGCGCGCGCGCGCUGGUCGCCACGCAGUUGGCUGCCACGCACGCCCGCUCCGUCUUCCCCUGCGUGGAUGUGCCCCGCUUUCGGGCCGUCUACAACGUCGCUGUGGAGGUCCCUGGCGAGGUCGGCCUGACGGUACUCAGCAACAGCCCCAUUCUCCGAGUGGGCAUGGGCACGACGCCAGGCAGCCUGCGCCACAGCUUCCACCCCACUCCGCCCAUGCCGACCUACCUGCUGGCGGUGGCUGCCGGGAACCUGGUGGCGGUGAAGCCCGGACUGCCCCUGCCAAAAGCAGUAGAGGCUCUCCAGGUCCAGGCCUGGGUGGUCCCCGGGAGGGAGGGCCUGGCAGCCUUCUCCGCCGACGUCGCGGUGAAGUCGCUGGCUUUCUACACCGCCUGGACGGGGAUCGAGCAGCCUCUGACCAAGGUGGACUUUGUGGCCAUUCCAGGCAAGCAGGGCGCCAUGGAGAACUGGGGCCUCCUGCUCUUUGACGAGCGUCGCUUCCUCCACAGCCAGGCCACGGGUGGCAGCUUUGGGGCGUGGCGCGCUGCGGACGUCGUCUGUCACGAGGUGGCACACCAGUGGUUUGGCAACCUUGUGACGGGGACCAACUGGACGCAGCUGGCUUUCAACGAGGGGCUGGCCUCCUUCCUGGAGUACCACUGCCUGACGGCGGUGGGCGCGCCGGGAGAGGUGUUGCGGUACCGCGCCCCCCUGCCCCAGGCCCGACUGCCCGGCGUGCAUGAAGGGCCCACGCUGCGCGCACUUUGCACCGACGCCUCGCCCUUCAGGCCGGCCAUGGUCGCCGCCUCGGACGCGGCCGUCGGCACGGGCGGCGUGGAGGUGUACUCCAAGGCAGCUACAUUUUUGCGCAUGCUGGAGGUGGCGCUGGGCGGCGAAACACUGCAGAUCGGCCUCCAGGCCCUGCUGCAUGAGAGGGCGCUGGGAUCCGCCAACUUUGGCGACAUCCUGGUCGCGGCAGCGGCGGCGCAGGGGACCAUCAUCUCGACCGACCCCCUGGCCGGCGGCCUGCCGGAGACAGGCACGGCGUGGGCCACCCAGCCCCUGCUCCCGCUGCGCAAUGCCAGUGCCGUGGCCGCGGUGGGCCAGCUGCCCGACAGGGCGGGCCCCUUCUGCGCCACGGCCCAGCUUCCCGCCGCCGGCCUGGGCGCCGAGGAAGCCGCGCGGCAGGCGCUGUGCCUGCCCGCGGCGGGGGCAGCAUGGACGCUGCCGGCCGGCACGGGCGGCGUCGCGGACCAGUCUGCCUGGGCGGGGAGCGUGAACGCCACCGGCCUCUUCCGCACGCUGCACAGCGCCGCGCAGCUGGAGGCCCUGGCGGCCUGGGCCACGCAGGUGGGCGCGUGCCCGGGCGCCGACUGCGCCCUGGACGAGGGCCGGGCACUUACGCUGUCCUCCGCGCUGCACGACUCGGCGGCGCUGACGCUCGCGGGGCUGCUCCCCGUCGAAUCCCUGCUCGAUUUCGUGGACGCGAUGCUGCGCAUGCCCGCCGCCCAGCGCACGGGCCCGGGGCGGUACCUGUUACUCGUCCCCGGCCUGGAGACGCUGGUGGCCCUCUCUGCCGGCACGAAUGCCGACUGCCCUGGCGCGAUGGCGGCGUAUGCGGCGACGGUCAUUGAACCAGGCGCCAUAUCUGCGCUGGCAGGGGUGGCGAGCAGGGUGUCUGAUACAGGCCCGCCCCUGUCGCACGACGCCACGUUGGGCGCGCUGAGCGCCACGCAACUCGCAGCUGCGCUGAUUGCCCUUGACAUCGACCCCGCUGCCACCGGCGCCGCGCUGUGCCCCGCCCUGAACCGCACCGCGCUCAUGGCAUCGACGGCAGCCGGGGCAACCGCCUCCGCCGCUGCUCCGUUCAUCUCGCCGGAUAUCGACGCGCACGAGCCACUGGGGCUCUCACCCACCAUGAGCGCCACCUGGCUCCCCGAUGCAUUCGCCACCAUCUUCACCCCGGUAGCGGCGACGGUGUCCGUGCUGUUUGCCCUCUGGCUCUGGUACCGUGUCAGCCUCAUUAAGGUUCGCGGCGGCGCCAGCUCCGGGAACUCCAACGGUCGCGAGUACCUGCUGGAGGAGGAGCAGCGCGGCGAGGCCGAGAUCGAGGAGAAGGUGGCCGACCUGCAGGUGGCCAUUGCCGAGGGCGCCACCUCCUUCCUGUUCACCGAGUACAAGUACGUCUCGUUUUUCAUGGCCGGCUUCUCUGUCUUCAUCUUCGUCCUGCUCAGCUCCCAGGACGGGUUCAAGACCAAGUGGCACCGCGACGAGUCCGGCGUGCUGCGCGCCCCGGCCCUGUACAACGGCGCCUUCUCCACCAUCGCCUUCAUCGUGGGCGCCGCCACCUCCAUCGUCUCCGGCUACCUGGGCAUGUCCAUCGCCACCUACGCCAAUGCGCGCACGGCGCUGGAGGCGCGCAAGGGCAUCGCCCCCGCCUUCAUGGCCGCCUUCCGCUCCGGCGCUGUCAUGGGCUUCCUCCUGGCCGGCAACGCCCUCCUGGUGCUCUACCUCCUCCUCGCCGUCUACUCCCGCGUCUUUGGCGACGACUGGGAGGGCCUGUAUGAGGCCAUCACCGGCUACGGCCUGGGCGGCUCCUCCAUCGCGCUGUUCGGCCGCGUCGGCGGCGGCAUCUACACCAAGGCCGCCGACGUCGGCGCCGACCUUGUGGGCAAGGUGGAGAAGGACAUCCCCGAGGACGACCCGCGCAACCCCGCCGUCAUCGCCGACAACGUGGGCGACAACGUGGGUGACAUCGCGGGCAUGGGCGCCGACCUGUUUGGCUCCUUCGCCGAGGCCACCUGCGCCGCGCUGGUCGUCUCCUCCGUCUCCGCCCUGGGCGUGGACCAUCUGUGGGUGGCCAUGAACUUCCCCCUGCUCAUCACCGGCUCCGGCAUCCUGGUCUGCAUCGCCACCACGCUGCUGGCCACCGACCUGCGCCCCGCCCGCGUCGUGGCCGAGAUCGAGUCCACGCUCAAGCUCCAGCUCAUCGUGUCCACCCUGGUCAUGACCCCCGUGGCCUACCUCCUGGCCGUCGCCGCCCUGCCCCCGACCAUGACCGGCCUCUUCUCCGACGACCCCAUGCGCCCCGUCAAGAACUGGUACCUCUUCGUCUGCGUCGCCGCGGGCCUGUGGGGCGGUCUCGUCAUCGGCCUGGUCACCGAGUUCUACACCUCCAACCGCUACGCCCCCGUCCAGGACGUGGCCGACGCGUGCAAGACCGGCGCCGCCACCGACAUCAUCUUCGGCCUGGCCCUGGGCUACAAGUCCGCCAUCAUCCCCUGCCUGACCAUCGCGGUGACCAUCUUCGUCUCCUUCUCCCUGGCGCACAUGUACGGCAUCGCCUGCGCGGCGCUGGGCAUGCUGGGCACGCUGGCCACCUGCCUGGCCAUCGACGCGUAUGGCCCCAUCUGCGACAACGCCGGCGGCAUCGCCGAGAUGGCGGCCAUGGGCGAGGACAUCCGCGAGCGCACCGACGCGCUGGACGCGGCGGGGAACACCACCGCCGCCAUCGGCAAGGGCUUCGCCAUCGGCUCCGCGGCGCUGGUGUCGCUGGCGCUCUUCGGCGCCUACAUCACGCGUGCCGGCAUCACCAUCGCCGACUCGUCCAUCCUGGACCCAGAGGUGUUCUCCGGCCUGCUGGUGGGCGCCAUGCUCCCCUACUGGUUCUCCGCCAUGACCAUGAAGUCGGUGGGCAAGGCCGCGCUGGCCAUGGUGGAGGAGGUGCGCCACCAGUUCAACACCAUCCCCGGGCUCAUGGAGGGCACCGCCCGCCCCGACUACCGCCGCUGCGUGGAGAUCUCCACUGCCGCCUCGCUGUCGGAGAUGAUCCCCCCCGGCGCCCUGGUCAUGCUCACCCCCAUCGUGGUGGGCGUGCUGUUCGGCGUGCGCACGCUGGCUGGCGUGCUGGCCGGCGCGCUGGUGUCGGGCGUGCAGAUGGCGGUGUCCAUGUCCAACACCGGCGGCGCCUGGGACAACGCCAAGAAGUACAUCGAGGCGGGGGCCUCGGAGCACGCGCGCGAGCUGGGGGGCAAGGGCUCCGACGCGCACAAGGCCGCCGUCAUCGGCGACACAGUGGGCGACCCGCUGAAGGACACCUCGGGGCCCUCCCUGAACAUCCUCAUCAAGCUCAUGGCGGUGGAGAGCCUGGUGUUCGCGCCCUUCUUCCUGGCGCACACCGCCGACGGCCUCAUCUUCCGCUUCUUCAAGUAG